AUGUGGAAUAUUGCUUUGGUGUUUCUCUGCUUGCUAAUAAUUGCAACCUAUAUCUUUAUCAUAAGACCUUUAAUCCCUCUGUUGCUAUUAAAAGCCAAAUUAGGAGAUAAAGCGAUCUUCAUGUUUUAUCCACUCUUUGGUUUUAUUGGAUUGUUUAUGAAAUCAAUCAAAACCAAGAAUGAUGCUAUGGAAACAGUCAAUGCAGCUCUUAGAAAGAAUCCUAAGGCAAAGAUCAUACUAUCAAAUCUCCUUCAUAAGCCUUGUAUUAUGCUUACUGGAUCAGAAUACUUGAAGGAUGCAUUGACAGAACAUCAACAUUAUGAAAAGAUGAACCCAUUUAUGAUUGAUUCAUUCAUAUAAACAGGGUUAAUUUUGAGUGAAGGAGAUAGAUGGAAAAGAUAAAGAAUGUUCUUAGGAUAGGCCUUUACAUUUGAAAAGUUGAAAUCAAGAAUUCAAAUGAUGAAUUAAGUUGUUAAAGAAAUUGUUGAUAAAGAUCCUAAAACGAAUUUAAAUGAAUUCAUGUCCAAGAUAACUGGGGAGAUAGUUAUCAAAAGUUUCUUUGGUGAAUUAGCAGAAGGCUUAAGAUUAGAAGGAAAAGAAGCCUAAGUAGCCUUGAUAUAAUUGACAACAGAUAUUAAUUUAAUUUAAUUUGAGAAUCCAUUUGUCUUAAUUAAAUCUUUGAUAUUUAAGGAAAGGAUGUGGGAUGUAUUGCCAACUAAGUAAGAAAAAGAUAUAGUAAGAAGAGUAAAUGAGGUAAGAACUAAAGUGAAAGAGAUCAUCUCAAGGAGAAUUGAAUAACUAUAAGAAAACCCAAUAUAAGAUGAAGAUAAAAUGGUAUUCCUAGAUUUAUAUGUUACUGAAUACAUAAAAUAAUAGAAAUAAUAACAAUAAUUAAUAAAUGUUAAUGAGAUAUUACAUCAAUUCAUCACACUAUUUUUUGCUGGAACUGAUACAACAGCAACUACUUGUGGAACAUGCUUGUAUUAUUUAGCUCAAUAUCCAGAGAUUUAAACUGAAAUAUUAGAAGAAAUCUAAGAGGUUGCAGGAUUAGAUGAAAUUAAAGAAUAACAUUUAAAUAAACUUGUUAAAAUUAAUGCUUUGGUUUAAGAAGUUCUAAGAUUUAAGAAUCCAGCCUUUGCUACUAUUUUUAGAAUAGUUAAAAAUGAUAUGCAACUCUAAGAUCUCAAGCUUAAGAAAGGAUGGGCUGUUGUAGAAAUGUUAAAUGCGAGCAGCGUUUAAGAGAAUUAUUUUGAAAAUGCUACUGAAUUUAAUUACAAAAGAUGGUUGAACACAACCAAUAUUAUUAAAAACGAUAAUGGCUUUAUUUAUAUUCCUUUUUCAGCAGGAUAAAGGAAUUGCAUAGGAUAACAUAUGGCAAUGAUGGAAGCAAAAGUCAUCAUAGCCCUUAUUGUUAGAAAAUAUCAAAUCAUAUUGAAUCCUGAAGUGAAAUAGAUAAAAUUUGGAAUUAAGUUUCUAUAAUGUGUCGAACCGGAUAAUUGUUUAUUAUUCGAGAAAAGAUUAUGA